CCCAGUGCCCUCCAAGGCUCACUGACACUGUGGUUAGCAGCUCUGGCAACCACCCCACUUCUCUCUUUUGUUUUUUUUUCCCCAAUUCCUUCCUGCAACUCCCUCAAUGGAGCGUCAUACCAAAGAGCUGCAUUUUCCAGCUUCCAGUUACAGCCAUGCCUGCCACGAAUUUGUUGGUGCUCAGUUGGUGAUAUGGGGAAAGAAGGCAGCUGUGUGCUGGCAAGGAUGCCAGUCCUGGAGUGACCUACAGGACUGUACAGCUGGCCUGCUCCCCAAAAGGUGCUUCUGUCACCAUCUGACAGCAGUGAGGAGUUGCCCCAGCCUUUGCACAGUUUAUACAGCGCACGCUAACCUGCUCUGUACCUGAGGCAGGCUCAAGCCAUUCCAAUUCUUCUGCCUGCUGUUUGUCCCAGGCAGCCAUGACUUGUUAGACAUCAGCUUCCACCAGCUCAGCUUGCAGCUCUUCCCAUAACAAGGUUUCUGUUGUGUAAGCAGAAGCUGAGGAUCAUAUUUGGAUCUCCCGACAGCCCUUCUGUCGUGUGUCCUCAGAGUAAGGCUGCCACAGCUCGCUUACUCGGUGCCCUUGUGGGGCUGAAUCCUCAGGGCAGAGAUCAAACCCAGGAAUACCAAGGCAUUGCUGGUCCUUUGUGCCUUUUCCCUGCAUGGGCAUUGAGUCCACAGAGCUGGAGAUAUGGACAGCAUCCUACCACCUAAAACAAUGUUCCUUUCACUCCUUGCGCUGUCUGGAUGGGUUCUGCAGGCCAUACCAAGAAGAGUCUUUGCAUCGCCUGAUGGGUUUGUGCAUUCCUCAGGCUAUGGAUGUGAAGCCUUGCUUUAGGAGAUGCAUCCAGACUGGUGGUGACAGGCUCACAAGCCCUUAGUCCAGCUCAGGCACCAAGGGAGAGGAAAAUUGCGGUGGAAUUCUGGCCUUUCAAGAUAGAUAUGAUAGCUCAUUAUUUUGUGCUCAUUAUCUUCUACAAUACUUGACUGUCAUACUUCUUCCUGACGCUGGGACACUUGUAUAGGAGGGCUGAGGCUGAUUUCGACCCUACUCAACCACUCAGAACAAGCCUUGAGAUAAAGUCUCAAGACAACUUUGGAUAAGCCUCAAGCCACUGAGAUGGUUUUUGUAAUGAGGAGAGAGCUCAGACAAUGGCUAAGUCUCAGCGAGGGUGGAGACUGUAAGGCAGACGAAGUCUGGUUGGGAUUGGCAGAAGUGUACUGAUUUUUCCAGUACCAUUUUAUAAUCUUUAGCAGCAACAUUUGGAAGUGCUUCCCCAGCACUUUAGAGCCCUUCUGUCAGCCUUGGACGAUUUCUAACAGCAACUGCCAAUGUCAAGAGAAAUUACAACCUCCAUGGUUUGAAGCACUGGAGAGACAGCAGGCCCUGUGCAGUGACACGCUGUGCUGCUGCAGUACUGACCUCACGGGGAUCUUCUGGCUGUUGUUGGAAACAAUCCAAUAGGGAAAAAUGCUUGUGAAACAAGGUGUCUAACUUCUUAUUUACAAAAUUAAAUAAUCAAAAGGAAAUCUAAAAUAGAAAUGGGAUUAGACAGUACCAAUAGGUGUGUAUUAACCUUUUUUGCCUGCGCUGGUGCUUGCUGGCAUGCCCUGUCAGGCUGGCAUGUGAGGGGUCAGGGCUGCUCUGGGCGCUCCUGCGGGGAUUUGGCCCACGGAAGGCGGCACCGCCGGAUACCCGCGGCCCGCUCCGUGGGCACAGUGCGGGGCUCAGGGGAGCAGGAGGGAGUCGCGGGGGUCACAAAUGCGCCGCCCAGGUGGGCGCUGGGGACUGCGGCCCGCCGGGCCCGGGCGCUCUCGGGCGGAACGGCAGCGCGGGGAGCGGCCGCGGCGCUGAGGGCGGCGCACACCGGCCCGGCCCCCCCACCCACGCUGAGCCCGCGGCCGGCGGCGGGGGAAGGCCCCGCCGAGGGUCGGGGGGCUCCAAGAGGCCCAGAGCAGGCCCCGAGCUCCAGCUGGUGGUGCCGGCCCGGGCGGGGCUGCUCCCGGAGCCCACGCGAGGCCCGUGACUGGAGGUGGGCGGUGCGCUGGGGCCGCGUCUUCCGGCGGCGGCGCUGGGAGCCGGGCGCGGAGCAGGCUCCCCAAGGUGUGUUUCAGGAGGAGCUGGAGUGGUGCAUUUCACAACUGGAGGCCAAUCUCCAUCUCACUCCACACCCCAAACCAGGCAUGACCCCUGAUGUUGUGGAAGUACAGCCAAGCAAGGGGCAGGCUGCAGAUGGUGUGAAACAGUCUGAUCCAACCCCUGAGGUAAAGCCAGAGUUGUUCACAUCAUCUGGCAGCAGCUUCCGAUUUGAUUUUACACUUUCCAAGACUGACCCAGAAGCUGACCCUGGUGACAGUGGUGCUGAGCAGGUUCAAAACAGAGCCACUAAGCAGGAGAACUGGAAUGGCGCCUUGAGCUUUGCUGCCUCUGGACAAGAACCAAAGUUUGCUUUCAACUUUGCCAUCCCAGAUGAAGAGUGUCCUCAUCUUCAGUUACUUCCAGCGAGCCAACAUACAGAGCACACAGCAGAUCCUUCACUGCCUGCUGAAUCAGCAGCUCUGCCACAGGCUGCAGCCUUGCAGAAGCCUGAGGUGACUCAAGUGACAGGGAAUGCACCCGAAGAGGACAGAAGCCAUGCCACAUCAAAGAUCCCCCAAACAGAGACAGCCCCUGCAGAUGAGGCAAUGACAGAAAAAUCAACAGGAGGUGGAGCUGCCCAGAAGAAGAAAAAGAAGAAGCAAAAAGCACCUGUCAGUAAAAACAAAGCAGAAGAAACUGAGACCAGCAGGAAGGCAAAGGCAGAAGCUAACAGCUGUCAAAAUACAGAUACUUCCCAUCAGGAUGAGAAGACCUCUCAGCAGUCAGAUGAGCAGCUGUGGAAAGAGGUGGACUGGUGUGUGAACCAGCUGGAACUCGGCUUGAAGACACAGAAACCCACUCCAAAGCAGGCUGAGGAGGCUCUCAGGGCGAUCAGGACACUGCGCAGUGACAAGGCUCCACUGGUGAAGAAGCGUCAGCUCAUGAGAGCCAUGUUUGGAGACUACAGGAAGAAGAUGCAGGAGGAGCUGUGCAGAGAGCUGAAGCUUAUGGAAGCAGCUGCAAAAUCUUCCAGGAUCGUGGAGUUGACGGGAAGCAUCCGCAAGAAGAAUGGCCAGUUCAUCCGGAAGAGCUUGGGAGCUUGCAGGAAAAGCCAAGGCUCAGCAGAAUCCCCUUCAGAGUCACACAGGACACUGAACACAGGCUUAUUCAAUUUCACAACUCCCCAGGAAUUUCACUUUAAUUUCUUCUAGAAAAGUGACUUUGACUAAAAGUGUGCCAGAUCUCCUGUAAAGUGAAGAAUGGUGGAAAAGUGCUGUGCAGUAGGAAAUGUCGUGCAUGAAUCUCUGGAUAUUCUUCCAGGGUGCCUUAUCUAGAAGUUUAAACCAGAUCUGCCUACUAUGCAUAUGACCCCACAACUCAGCAUACAUAAGUGCUCCUCUGUGCUCACACUGGAAAGAGGCACCUUUGGAAAGAUGCUGAGAUUGUGGAUUUAGCAUCUCGUAAAGGAUAACACAUUCUCUUCAUUUGGGGAGGGAAAUCCUAACUUUUCUUUGAAUUAGAAAGAGGAAGAACUUACCAUUUCAGGAAAGACAUCAACUGGAACAUUCUAACAGAAGGAAAGUUAAAGAUCAAUUAAUCUGCAGCUCCAUAACAAAAAAAGAAGAGAGAUGCUGCUAUUUUAAGACCAUACAGAACUGUGCCAGAUGAUCUUGUAUUUUUCUGCUGCCUAAAAUGUUUCUGCUGCUCACUGUUUCUACUGUUCUCAUCUUUAGAACUGUGGAAGGUUUGUAGGACAUGCUACUUUAGAAAAUCUGGCAGUGACAUCCCCAGUGGUUUGAUUCCUGGCACCAGUCCUCCUGUGCAUGCUGGCAGCAUGGAGUUCUGACCAGUGGCAUUUGGUCCAUGGUUUGGUCCAUUUGGCUUCUUCCCUGUGAGUACAUCAACAGGCAUGACCAGCUCCUGGUAUCUCACCACCAUAAUAGAAGAAGUCUGGGUUGUGUAUCUCCCAUUAUCAUCAUGCUUGUUCUAAUGAAACAAAACCCAGAUGUGGAAGAAGCCAGGAAGGAGAGGAAAAGCGAACUGUCCCUGCCACCCUCUUCUUCUUCCCCCAGUAAUGUUGGCAAACAACUGGAGUAUACUCAAGAAGAGCUGGAGAGGUAUGGAGAAGCUAAACCAUGUCUUCUUUGGCACAGAAGCCAGAAAAAGGGAUGGCCACCAUGAUCAGAAGUCCCUCCAUUGCAGAAGUGCGGCUGUUGUGUCAGAAACUAAGGAAUAUUCAGGAAAGGAGGUGGGACAUUCUCAGCAUCUUUCAGGCUACACAAAAGUUCAGGUUGCUUCAGAAGCAACAAGAAAUGAACAGUGGCAGAUGGCAGAGAGGCGUGGGCCUCCCACAUGCUGGAAGAAUAGAUUGCCAUCCAGUCUGCAGGGUGUGCUGUGGGUGGCAGAGCACAUGUGCCCGCUGGGACAAGGCAAGAGGUGGAGCUCUUUGCACAGCCAUGGAUUUAGAAAACGCACAGUGCCAGCUUUGAGCCCCACAGGAGCAGGAGGUCUGUGCAAUGCCCCGGCUGAGGGGAGUUGGGAGUCAUUUCCAAAGGGCCUGUGUCCUGUCACAGCAAGAAUGGGAGUUCAGAAGAAGCAUGCCUGGAGUGUCUGUCAUCAGGGACUGUGAAAUACCCAAAGGCACUGGAAGGGACUCUAAGGUCUUCCUGGAGCUUUUCAGCCCCAGCUCUCCCAGCCUGGCUCCAGAGCAGAGGGGCUCCACUCCUUGAAGCAUCUCCAUGGUCUCCUGUGGACCUGUUUGGGCUGGGGCACAUACUUCUUACGCUGAGGACCCAGAGCUGAAGGCAGCUCUGCAGGUGGGAUCUCACAAGGGCGGUGUAGAGGAGGAGAAUCCCCUCCUCUAACCUGCAAUCUGAACUCAGCCCAUUCUGUAAAAUCAAAACAAACCAAUCAAAAACCACCUUAACAUGGAUGCUCCCAUGCAGCCUUAGCAUGAAAGCUCCAAAGUCACACGUGUCCAGUUCCUAGUGUGUAGCUCUGUGGAGAGACUGCAGAAUGCUGUCAGUGCUACCUGUAGUCACUGAGAAGGAGCAAAGCAAACUUCAGCCCUCAGACCUGCAAACUGAUUCCCACUGCUUGGAUCUUGCUCCAGCUCAGCUCUCCUCCCUCACUCAUCCUCAUUUACCAGGUUAGGUACAGGCAGGAUGAAUACAGGACAUGUGAAACAACGUGGAAAGUAGGGAGCUUUGGGCAUGGCUCCAGUAGGGAGCUUGUGAUGAACUAAAAUGAGAUUUGUGCACUGCAUUCAGAUUUUUUCCUACCAAAGACAUGAGAUUUUCUGAGCUGGAUCCUGUGGUGGGCAGGGAAAGAACAGCAAGCACCCAAACUGAUGGAAGAAAGGGCUCAGCAAGAAGCUACCAACAGCAGAGGGCACAAAAGGUAGUGCCAGCAGGGAUUUGACAUAGCAUUAGACUACAGGUGAUAGUUUUAAUCUGAAUUAAAUCAAGUCAGAGUUUUUUUAUUUCCCCCUUAUGACUGUAAAAAGGGUUCUUUAUUAUGAUUUUUGAAAGGUUCUUAAUUUUUCUCUCUCUAAAUUUAAUUUUUUUUCAUAAUGUUUAAAAUUUGCUUCCACUUCAUGGAUUCUGUGUUGUGAUUUCUUUUGUUAUCCCAAGUAACAAAGCAUCAAAUAAUCCAGCACCUGUGGGAUCAAUGUAGUCAGUCUUGCCAUUGAUAAACUCAACCCCUGAGGAAAUUUGUAGCAUCAUUUUACCCAUUUCCUUUCCAAAUUCACCUUUUUUCCAGAUAUACUGUGGCUGCUGAAUUGAAUUUAUUAGAAAAUGACAUCUGCAUUUUGAGGUAUUUGCAUUUAUCAUUCAGCUGGAAUUAGGAAAGCCUCAUCAGGCAUUACAGGUGCAAGUGAGCAGGUUCCUGGAUCGGUUCUUUCAGUGCAGGAGGGUGAGAUCCAGCUCCUGAAGACUUGGACAUGUCUGCAGGCAGCUCUGAUGCAGCUGCAGGAGGACAGUGUGCGUUUAGAUGGGUUUGAGUGCCAACAGUUUUGUGUUGUUAGAGUUCACUCCUUUCUUUUACAGAAAUCUCUAAUAUUUGCUUAUUUGAAACAUAUCACUCACAAUAACUUUGUUUACAGGUUUGGGGGCAGCACUGUUCUUCUCUGUGUGCAUGUCAGUCACAUUAGUGGUGUUUAUCAGAAGAAUGAACUG